AUGUCUGCUCUCGACUCGUGGGAAGACGACCCCGCCGCCCAGGAUGAGAAUUUGUCCAAGGAAGCACAGCAGAGCCUGAACCUCAACCAGGCGCCACAAGCACAGCAACAGCAACAGCAGAGCUUCCGCCCCCAGGUUGCCUCAUUUCAGCCUGGCGCUGCUACAUUCCAGCCCGGAGCUGCUUCAUUCGUGCCCGGCCAGCAGUUCCCGCAGUAUGGUGGCUACCAGCAACAAUACUAUCCCCAUGCUGGCGGAUAUGGGGGUUAUCCUCAACAACAAUAUCCUCAAUACAGCCAGCAUUACAUGCAGCAGCAGGGGGGCUACCAGGGAGGUUACCAGAGUGGGCAGCAUGCCGGUUACAACCAGGGCUUCAACCAGUAUCAGCAGCAAGCCCCUCCCCCGCAACAGGAACAGUGGCAGCCACCGUCGACCGCUGAGAAAUCCAACCCUGCUCCCUCUGAUGCCACCACCGAUGCCACCACCGAUGCUGCCGCGGCCGCGGCUACCCCUAAACCGAACCCACCAGAGUCUUCCAAGCCAUCGCCAGCAUCCCAGCCACCCAAAGCUAAAGUGUUAACGAUCGGCGGGGAUAUUCCAAAGUCCAAGGCGCCUGCAGCCAGCGCAACGUCUGCUACGGAAGCGCAGAAAUCCACUGGGCCUGCAGCCGCAGCCGCAGGAGCCAAGGUUACUGCCACGAAAGCUAUCGAAAAGACGGAGAAGAAAGGCGCUUCUUCGCCAACUCCAUCAUCUGGUCGAUCAUCUCCCGGUCGUGCUGACAGCAAGGCUGCAAACCGUGAUGCUGAUAUUGUUGCAAAGGAACAAGCAGCGGAUGUUGAUGAAGCUACCCUCAAGGAAAUUUACGGAGAAAAACGAGAGCACGUUAACCUUGUGUUCAUCGGCCAUGUCGAUGCUGGGAAGUCGACAUUGGGUGGAAGUAUCCUAUACUGUACAGGGAUGGUUGACGAACGAACAAUGGAAAAGUACAAGAAAGAAGCCAAGGACGCUGGACGUGAGACCUGGUAUCUUUCGUGGGCCCUUGAUUUGACAAACGAGGAGCGAUCGAAGGGUAAGACCGUAGAAGUAGGCAGAGCCUUCUUCAAGACGAGUGGAGACACACCUGACGGACCUAUGACACGACACUAUACUAUCCUGGAUGCCCCUGGACACAAGUCGUUUGUUCCUAACAUGAUUGGAGGUGCUUCCCAGGCUGAUGUUGGAGUUUUGGUCAUUUCUGCUCGAAAGGGUGAAUACGAAACUGGUUUCGAGAGAGGUGGCCAGACCAGAGAACAUGCACUGUUGGCCAGAAACUCCGGCGUGAAGAAACUGAUCAUUGCAGUUAACAAGAUGGAUGACCCAACCGUCGAAUGGAGUAAGGCUCGAUAUGAUGAAUGUACGACGAAGAUUGGCAAGUACGUCGAAGCUUUGGGUUACAAGAAGUCAGACCUUCAUUUCAUGCCCAUCUCCGCUCAGAAAACUAUUGGUAUCGAUAAGCCGGUUCCCAAGGAUAUUGCUCCAUGGUACGAUGGCCCCGGAUUACUUCCAUACCUUCACAACAUGAAGAUGCCUGAACGAAAGAUCAAUGCACCUUUCAUGAUGCCAAUUAGCGCCAAGUACAAGGAUAUGGGAACCGUCAUUGAAGGCAGAAUUGAAUCUGGUGUUCUUAAGAAAGGGUCUACCUGCAUCCUUAUGCCUAACAGAACCGAAAUUACCGUCACAGCGCUCUACGGUGAAACUGAGGAUGAAAUCCAAACCGCCACCUGCGGUGACCAGAUUCGAGCCCGCCUUAGAGGCGUGGAAGAGGAAGAUAUUCUCCCGGGCUUUGUCAUGUGCUCGCCCAAACGACCCGUGCAUUGUGUAACGGCCUUUGAAGCAAAGAUCCGUAUUCUUGACCUGAAGAGCAUUCUCACGGCUGGAUUUAAUUGUGUGAUGCAUGUUCAUUCUGCCAUUGAAGAAGUUACUUUUGCCGAACUUCUACACAAAGUGCAAAAGGAAACUGGACGCAAGAGCAAAAAACCACCUGCGUUUGCUAGUAAGGGUCAAACUAUUAUUGCUCGGUUGGAGAUUGCUAGUGGUGGAAGUGCGGUUUGUGUAGAGAAGUUUGAAGAUUACAAUCAGCUUGGACGUUUUACCCUACGUGAUCAGGGUCAAACCAUUGCCAUUGGAAUGAUCACCAAGUUGAUCACCGAUCCCAGCACCACUGCUUAA